UAAAACUCAACAUAAAUGAUAAGUGUCUUGCUGGGUUUAAAGACAGUGAAUUGUUGAGCUGAUGUGAAUGAAUGGGUGAAUUAGCCGAACAAUCAAAGGUCGCGUUGAACUCGCUGAACAUCUUGCCUGUUUUCAUAUUCAUCGUGCUUGCCCAAGGUUCCCUCGGACCACCGCCUCUUACUCCAACUAGCUUCUUAGCCUCGACCUUUCGUUUUCUGAAGCGACCACCAGGAGAUUCGAGCGUCAAUUUGCGACAUGUCGGGUCAUCACCAUCAUCACGGCCACGGCGGCGGACAUUGCCAUGACGAAGACGGUCACGACCACUCCAAUGACAUCACCCCAGCCAUUCAAUCGCUUCUUUACUCUCAGGUUCAGUUCGACUCUAUCACAACACUCAACGAGGCGACGCCCAAGUCCGGUGCUGCGAUCGUUAAGAAAACAUGGGCGGAGAGACUCGACGACGAGCCGGAGCUCGAAAGCGAUACCGAUGAGCAGCUCCUGAUGUACAUUCCCUUUACCGGCCAAGUCAAAGUCCACUCUCUGCUGGUCUACACCGCGCCCACUCCCUCCGCCCCCAAGACGCUGAAACUGUUCAAGAACCGGGACGACAUCGACUUCGCAACCGCGUCCGAGCUGUCGCCCACCCAGACGAUCGAGAUCCCCCAGCCGGUGGCCGGCGCCGAUGUCUUUGAGAUCCCCCUGAACCGCGCGCACUGGAAUGCCACCACCUCCAUCACGCUGUUCUUCGAGGAUAACUGGAGCGAUGGCGAGGAAGACGUGACCAAGGUCGGCUACGUGGGAUUCAAGGGGACUUUCAUGGCGCUGAAUCGCGAGCCCGUUAACUUCCUGUACGAGGCCGCGGCCAAUCCGAACGACCAUGUCGCCAUUCAGGGCGUCAGCGGCGUGGGCAGUCGAAUCCUGUGAGGAUGGUGAUUUACCGUUGUUGCUGUUGCUGUUGCCUGUGCCUGUUGAUGCGAUGCGGUGCAGUGGGUGUUGUGUUGAUUUGUGAUCGUGCUUUCUCUGGUUAUGGAGCUGGACUCUAUCCCCAAUGCUAGUCUGAAUCUCAGCUCAUGCAUGUUUGUAACAUGGAACUAACUGGAGCUAUCUAAUGAUAUGAUGG